CUGGUGGGUAAAUCCCAGUUUUUGCCAGUGCAAUUUACUGCCAUGCUUUGGGGGGAUUCCUAAUUCAUUGGCGGUAAAACAGGUUGUGCGAAGCACCUCGAUAGCAUGAGCAUUCGCGGAUGGCUUGGUGUAGAUUGUAUUCCCUUUUCGUAGAGAUUCAGUUUGAUUGAACGAGUCAACCCGAUUGUUUGUGAAUUAGAAAAGUUUACAGCAAGUGCACCGUGCAAUCAGCCAAACAUACGUUAAUUUCGUGUAAGCAAACAGCAGCGUAUCCAAUUGUAAUAGGCUGAGAUAAGUGGCACGAGUAAAUAGAACGUGGCAAGUAGAAGGUGCAUUGCGUCCAGAACUAGCUGUGCUGUUGUACUAUCGGUUUCAUCGGUUCCAUCGAUCCAUCGAUACUAGUCGAAAUUUUGGAAAUGAAUUGCUAGUGUGUAUCAAGUGAUUGAAAUAUGCAUACAAUGGAGCAAAGCGGUGAUUUUAGUUCUAAUCCGGCGAUGGAGGCGGCUUUCAACCUGGAGGAUGCGGUGAAGGCUACUCCCCUGAAGCUAGAUAACCCCAGGUUAGCAUGGUGGCAGCACAAACAGCCAAGCAUCAUCAAACGGAUCAUGAUCUUUGCUGGCCUCAACGGUGCUGUAGCGGUGUUCCUCGGAUUUGCCGUUAAACAUUAUCUGAAAUCCACAUCUCAAGAAAAUGAUUGCAAACCAAACUGCGGCAUACGAUGGUGCGAUGGUUUCGGGAUGCUGCUUCUGCUGCUGGCAUUCAUCUACGCCGGAUUGCUGUACUUCCUGGUCAUCAAACCGGGUAUUAGUGAAAAACUAAAAGCCCGUCUAAGAUUAGGUGGUGCCUUUCUCUCGCACUUCUUUUGCCAGUGGCCGGUGAUAGUGCUGGUAACCAUCAUGCUACUGACGCUAUUUGGCAUCUUUUUGUUCUUUGAUUCACGCCAUGAUACCUAUCGUUUAAUGUCGCUGGCCGGGGUACUGGCUUUACUAGCGCUCUCCUUCUUGGUGUCGAAGCAUCCGAAAAAGGUGAACUAUCGACCGGUGCUGAUGGGUUUACUGGUACAGAUCCUGUUGGGGCUGCUUUGCAUCCGCUGGACGGUGGGGCGCAGCAUAUUCGCAUGUCUCGGUGCCAAAGUUGACUCGUUUCUACAGAAUGCGGCCAUCGGUGCACAGUUCGUUUAUGGCGAUGCGCUUAUCAAUCGUUACGCCGUAUUCGCCUUCUCUGUUCUGUCCGUGAUCUACUUCUUCAGCUUCUGUAUCUCGAUCCUGUACUAUCUUGGGGCGAUGCAAUGGAUCUUGCUAAAGCUCGGAUGGAUGCUACAGUGUGUCCUUGGGACGACGGUAUGCGAGAGUAUUAUGGCCGCUGCCAACAUCUUUCUCGGUAUAAGCGAAGCACCGUUGUUGAUACGACCGUAUCUAAAGGAUCUUACACAUUCCGAGCUACACUCGAUCAUGGCAUCCGGGUUUGCCACUGUUUCGGGUACCGUACUGGCGGCUUAUAUUUCGUUUGGGGCCAGCCCGGGACACUUGAUAACGGCCAGCGUCAUUUCUGCUCCUGCAGUGCUUUGCGUGGGGAAGAUCGUCUAUCCCGAGGUGGAGGAAAGUAAAACCAGCUCCAACAAUAUUCAGAUGGAGAAAUCGACUGAUUCGUCGCUUGUAGAUGCAGCCUGCAAUGGAGCGACCACGGGAAUUUCUCUUGUUCAUGGAAUCAUCGCGAACCUGAUUGCAUUCGUUUCGUUUAUUGCGUUCGUCAAUGGAAUCCUGGGAUGGCUUGGUAUGCUAGUUGGUGUUGAUGCCGUUUCGUUGGAAGGAAUCUUUGGCCUCAUCUUCCGACCACUAGCCUUUCUCAUGGGAGUAUCGUGGGAGGACAGUGGGUACGUUGGAGAGAUAAUCGGCACCAAGACGGUCAUCAACGAGUUCGUUGCGUACGAAAGAUUGGGAGCUCUGAUUCGCAAUCAAACCAUUUCACCUCGUUCCGUCACGAUUGCAACGUACGCCAUCUGCGGCUUUGCAAAUCCUUGUUCGUUAGGCAUUUCUAUUGGUGUGCUAAGCGCCUUGGUUCCACAUCGUCGAACAGCGAUCACGUCCGUAUCUAUGCGUGCGAUGUUCACCGGGUCAGUAGCUUGUUUUAUGACGGCUUGUAUUGCGGGACUGCUGAUCAGUGAAUCUCCAACGGAGGAACCUGCUCGAUUAUUCAAUGUAACAGUAUGAUUUUGGUGCGAUAAAGAAUCUUUAAGUAUGGCGGAUAAGUGCUUCGCAGA